AUGGAGUCAAUCUCGGAUCCCCCACCUCCCCCUGCCGGCGAUGAAGCCUCGUCCUCCCAAACGACAGAUGUCAUGCUCGACAAGUCUUUCGGUGACCUCGCUUGUCACGACAUUCAAAAGAUCGAGGCUCAUGGAGCUGAAGCACGCCAGUGCGACAUUGUGGGCAGACUACCCCUGGAAAUUGUGAUUUUGAUUUUUGAAAACCUCGAUUUCAUGGACUUGCUAUAUCUACAAAAGGUUUCAAAGGCCUGGAAAAGGCUUCUGUCUUCCCGCGCCGUACAACACGCUGUGAUCCAGACACUGGGACCGGGGCUCGCAGAUGUCCAAGAUACAACUGCCUUUAUCAGGAAAAGAGUACGAAUUGAAGAAGCCAAAUUUGUAUCGGAGAUGAGCUUUACACCUGCAACAAAAGGGAACGGAUGGUGCAUGGGGGCGAGCUAUUCGGAAGGUUAUUUCGCAUGGAUUGACUGCACAUAUCGGUGCGUCAAUGUGGUGAACUUAUGGACCGGGGAAUUCAGCCUAUUUGCGACACAAGAUCGGCGGCACUUUUUCGAUGUCGAGAUAUCGAGCAAGAUCAUAGUAGCGAUUGGCCAACGAAUGUGCCAUGUAUGGGAUAUCCAAACACAUGAAUACACAAGCUUUCAUGUGCCUCACUCCCUUUGGGAUGGGAGAACCUUGGUUUGUGGAACUAAGGUGCUUCUCAUGGACGACGGCCCGCAUGACCAAGGCUACUUCAUUCACUGGAGUUUCGAAUCGCGUAUUGUACGCACUAUACCAUGGAAGGCUCCACGGUCCAUAAGGGCUAUCAGAUCCGUGAUCCCAGAUCCAAUUGAUGACAAAUUUACUGUCGUCUAUCUUGACCGCUGCCCUGACACGGAUCCCAAAUCCACUGUGAGGGAGUACCUGGGGGGUCUAACACAUUCGGGUCUAGCAAUCCCAAUCCUACUGGAUAUGGAUAUUGACCAGAAGAUAGCAAUUCCCUUAAACGCAGAGGUACACAUCGAAACUUUCACACUCGGUAAUGGGGAAGAGGAUGCGGCUUUUCGAUCUACCUCCGACCAGAUUCAAAGACUAUCCCUGCGACGUAACGAUGAAGAAAGUUCUCGAGAAUAUGGCCGGAGAUUUUUCUCCCUUGAGGGAGACAAGAAAGUUGUUACUCAUACUAUGGUCUAUUCAGAUUUUGCUGUGAACAACUUUAAUUUUGUUUCUCCAAGUCCGGGAAUCUUUUAUGUCAUAGAUGCCCGGCUUAUGAGGGAGACGCGCGCAUACAAGUCCAGGAUGCAGAUUACGCAUUCUAUCAAACCAAGCAAUGGUCGAAUUCGUGAUUACGAAAUAUAUUGCGAAGUACCGAUGGAGCACAGGACUGAGAUUUAUGGAGACGGUGAUUUUAUCAUAACUGUCAACCCUUCCGACCUGAAAGUCCAGAGCUUCAAUAAACUGGAGAUUUGGGAUCCCGAUCAGAUAAACUGGUCAGAGGAGUUAUUGGAUCUAGCUCCAAGUGAGCAAGAGUGGGAUUCUGAAUAUUUAGAGCAGUGGAAGGCGUCAUUGGGUCUAACUUCAAAUGAACCAGACCACGAGGUCUAA